AGAGCAGAGCAGAGCAGAGCAGAGCAGAGCAGAGCGCGGCGCACACCGGCCGCCGCCGCCGGAUCGAGACGCAUGCACGGACGCACACGCCCCUGAGGACGGUGCCAGACAUGCCCAGGCUGCCGCGCAUGGACGCACACACGCCGGCAGGGCACCAGAGAGGACCCGCAGCAGCCCCCCGAGCCUGACGAGCUAUGGAGAGCAGCAUGUUCUUCGGUAACGCGUGUCACAACGGCCUCAUGCCCGCCCUGGUGCGUCCCGCGCUGCCCUCCGUCCAGACGUCGCUGGCCAUGAAGCAGUUCCUCCCGUUUCCACUGGACGCGGCCUCGGCCGUCAGCCUCUUCCCAGGAUUUAACACGAUGGACCCGGUGCAGAAAGCUGUCCUCCAUCACACCCUCGGCCUCCCACCCACUGCCAAAAGGAAGCACGUCUCCUGCAGUGUCUGCCAGCUGAGGUUCAACUCACAGAGCCAGGCCUUGGCCCACUACAAGGGGACCAAACACGCCAAGAAGCUAAAAGCUCUGGACACUCCAAAGAGUAAGCUCAAAGGCUCAGCGGUCACCAGGGAAACCGCCAACCAGGACGUCGCCAAGGGCCUCAGCACCUCGCAGAUCCCCGACGGCACCGACAGGAAAGGCGGCGCCGCCGGGGCCGCGCCUCCCCCGCCGCCCCCCGCGCUCCGGCCGCCGCCCCCCGCGGCCUCCACGGCCGCACCCGCACGCGCGUCCGCGGCCUCGCCGCCGACCGCGGCCCCCCACGCCGCGUCCACUACCUCAGCCGCCGGAGGCGACGAGCGGCCGCCGAAGCCCGGCCCCCCGCCGGAACCCGACCCGGACCCCGAGGCCGAGCCCGAGGCGGAGACGGACGCGGAGACGGAGGAGGAGAAGGCGCGACGUCUGCUCUACUGCUCGCUCUGCAAAGUGGCGGUCAACUCUGCGUCACAGCUGGAGGCGCACAACAGCGGUACGAAACACAAGACGAUGCUCGAGGCCAGGAGCGGCGUGGGCUCCAUCAAGUCCUUCCCCCGGCCCGGAGUCAAAAGCAAACUGGCAGCGUGCUGCAAGUCGUCCACGGGGCUGCAGAACAAAACGUUCUACUGCGAGACGUGUGACGUGCACGUCAACUCAGAGACUCAGCUGAAACAGCACAUCAGCAGUCGGCGCCACAAAGACCGAGCAGCAGGUAAACCGGCCAAGCCCAAGUACAGCCCGUACAGCAAACCGCAGAAGGGCCCGAGCAAGCAGCCGCAGAUGAAGCUGGCCCUGGGGAAGGAGCGCCAGUGUCAGCCUCUCGCCACACAGAUCAUACCUGCUCACCUGGCGGCGGUAGCCGCCGCCGCCGCCGCCAUCAGCAGCUCUUUCACGCACCGCAGCAGCCACGCGACGGCCGCCGCCCCGGCCGCGGGCCUGUUCCCCACACAGACCCUGCCCACCGGCCUGCUCCGCCCGGCCCCCGGGCCUGUCAGGACCUCCCACCCGCCAGUCCUCUUCGCCCCCUACUGACACUCAGUCCCAUUACGAUCAUCCACGCCAGGCCAAGAAGUCCAGUCAGCGUCUCCUUCUAUGCAUCUGGAACCGUCAUCACACCGCGAUCGUACCUCUUCUCUGUCCCCGUGCGGAUCACCUUGCGUUCAAACCGCCUGCAGCGAAGCGCUUGCUCCGUUGUGACGGACUCGUUUCUCCGACCCCACGGCGACGUGGGCUCUACGUGUUUCUGUGCCAUCCAGCAGCUCGUGGCUCAUACCCGGACCCCGUGUUUGGACCUACAGUACAUUGUACCGCAAUAAUGUAAAAGACUAACCUGUGAACUAUGCAGUCUCAUUACUUCACGAUGCAAGGCACCGUUCGAGCUGAAAUGCAUUAGGGAUGUGCUUUUGGUAAAGAGUGGAGGACUAGUGUUGCUCGUAAUUUAAAAGGCUGUUACUGGUUAUCAGAGCAAGGCCCUCCUCUGUUCCUGUAUGCACUUUAAGCCCCUCUGUUGAUGUCGACAUUAGAUGAGUAGAUCGUGUUCGGUGGUGAGAGUACGUCCUGUAAUGUGUGUUUGUACUCGUCCUCGCAUUAUGUGUUCCUGUGUGUGUGUGUGUGUGUGUGUGUGUGUGUGUGUGUGUGUGUGUGUGUGUGUGUGUGUGUGUGUGUGUGUGUGUGUGUGUGUGUGUGUGUGUGUGUGUGUGUGUGUGUGUGUGUGUGUGAGCUUUCCACCCUAAGCCAUCCCAGUCAAUAUCCAGCACAUUAUUUCACUGAUCACAUCUCGGGCCAGAGGGACCACAAAGGCUUGUGUAUAUUAAGUGUCAGUGUGUAAAAGGUGAACAAUUUCAAAUAAAAAAGCUCCUAAUUUGUUAA